AUGGAGUCGGAGAGUGCUAUGUCGAAACAGAUGAUCAUAGCAAUGAAGGGCCAUUCAAGUUCUCAUCAUAGCAACAUAGCCCACAAAUUAGCCAGUUUUCUUAAAUGUCCUCUUAUCGGCGAAGAUGAUAUCAUCCCGACCAUCGAAAAAUCUCUUCCUUCCACUUCUUAUAAAAAAUUCUCCGGAUAUAGUAAUAUUGAUUUGAUAUUCGAUAUUGUCUCUCAAAUCUCUACAACCCAAGUCAAUUUGAAUCUCAAUGUUGUCAUGAAUAUGCGAGCUUUCUCGACACCGCUCACUAUAACCGAUUGGAGCGGCUUGCAAAUUCCACUGGGGCUACCCUCAUCAUCAUCCAUGGCAAAACCGAAAGAGAUCAAGGUGGUCAUGAUGUUGGGGUUGAACAUGCUCCUACAGUCGGCGUUGACCCAACAAUACCAUUUCUUGUGGAAGAGUUGGCUCGUCUCGUGCUAUAAGCGGCGAGAACGAAUGAAAGCAUAG